CGUUAAAAAUGGUCAAGUCUCCAGGAGCAUCCCCUGAACGCAAAAAGGUAAAAAUUGACGUUUACCCAAUGGUUGUGAAAGACCCACAAGCCCGUGAAAUAAACGAGACUCUUCUUUUCGAUUACACGACGGCGCUAUCAAGCUUUGAAACUCCAACCGAGGAGCAACUUCUUGUCUCAGAAGGCGAUGCAUUCCGUCACCACCCAAAUGAAGACGUGGAGCAGUAUUUCAGAGCGAGUGCUCAAUGGGGAGUUCCUGCUAUUGCAUGGAAUAUUGUACGACCAGCGUUUCUUUGGAAACUUGAGUUCUGUAUCACUGAGUUUAUGAAUGUGGAAAAAAAGAAGAAAGAAGCUGCUGCAAAUUCUGCCCAAGCAAAUUCUGAAGUCGAGAAGAUUGCCGAAUCGCCUGUAAAGGAGAAACUGUCAAUUUUGGGGCACAAAGUAAACCUUAUCAAAACGACACCAGUCGUAUUCAGCACAGAAGAAUCCAUGGAAUUCGUUCUCAGCAAGGCUAAAUCAUUUGAUGGGUUUCCCUUCACAUGGCAGAGACUCUGUGAACUACUUAUAGAGCCCAUGCGACACUAUAACACGAUUGAUAAGUUCUUGAGAGCUGUUGACAAGGUGAUUAAUGUCGUGACAACAAUAAAUGAAAAUGGUGGACGCUCUUUUGGAGAUUGGGAUCUUCCAAACUCACAACAAUUUCAUUUGGAAAAUACAUUCUUUGGAGUUGUGGACGAAGUGGAAAUGAUGGAAUUAGAGAAAGUGAAACACGAUUUCCAAUCAUCGUCUUCUCCUAGUGAAGAACCUCUUGAUAUGAGUCAAAAAUCGAUGCCAGCUCCACGCGUGUCAACAGCAUCUCCUGAUCCACCAUCAUUUGUUCUACCAACUGCUCGAUCUCCAAUUAAUACAUCUCCGUCAUCUUCUCCAAAGGCUUCAUCACCUAAAGCUUCAUCGCCAAAAGCAGCUUCCCCAGUUUCAUCACCAAAAUCGCCUGUAAUCCAGGAUCAAAGCCCGAAAAAAGAAGAUGCUAAAGAAGGAGAAGGAGAAAUUGUUCAUGAAGAAGAAAUGCCAGAGGAAACAUUAGAAGUGGAAACAAAAAACGAAGUGAACAAAGAGGAUGCGGACAUGGAGAUUGGUGCCGAAUGAUUUUUGGCCACUAUAACUGAAAAAUAUUUCAAGAUGUCUGAUGUUUCUCAGCAAUUUUUAACUCAUUUCAAAAAUAUUCUCCCUGUCGAGAUCUCUGUUUUGUUCUAUCUUUCUCUAAAGUCCAUAUGUUCUUUUUUAUCUAGGUUGUGAGCCUAUUCCCAUUUCAUAUUUCAGCAGCCUCCAUUCAGGCCCGCUUGGGCAAUGUAUUAUUUCCAUAUGAACCACGCGUUCAAAGAAAUUCCCACAAAGAUCGACUUCUAACUCCUCUUUUCAAUAUUCAAUAUUCUGUAUAAUUUAUUUUUUAUGUUCUGAUGAAGUAUACGUAUCUCUG